AUGUGGACUGAAUGGGAAGGUGGAGUAUUUCCUGAAGUGGAAGUAUUCUUUGAAGUCACAACUGGGAUCAUAGCCAACACUGUCCUGCUUGUAUUCCACAUCUUCACAUUUCUACUCAAGCACAGGCCCAAACCUCUUGACUUGACCAUCAGUCAGUUGGCACUAAUCCACCUGAUAUUGCUGGUAACCAUGGGAUUCAUAGCUGUAGACUUUUUUGGAUUGCAGGACUGGAGGAAUGACUUCAUUUGUAAAUUAGUUGUCUAUGUAAACAGGUUAAUGAGGACCCUCUCCAUCUGUACCACCUGCCUGCUCAGUGUCCUUCAGGCCAUCAUGCUCAGCCCUAGAAACUCUUGUCUGGCAAAAUUUAAACAUAAAUCUGCACAUUAUCUGUGUUGCCUUAUCUUCUUAUGGAUCUUCAAUAUGUUCCUGAAUGGUCGCUUCUUAGUCUCUAUUGGUGCCACUCCUAAUGUGACCUCACAGAGUCUCAUGUUUGUCACUGAAUCCUGCUCUCAGUGGCCUAUUAGUUACUUCUUCAGGUACAUAUUUCUCAUAUUGGUGAAUGUUCAGGACAUCUCCUUUAUAUGCAUGAUGGCUUUCUCAAGUAGAUACAUGGUGAGUCUCCUGUGCAGGCAUAAGAGACAUUUCCAGCAUCUUCACAGCAACAGACUGUCUCAAAAAACAUCACCAGAAGAAAGGGCUACCUGGAGUAUUCUGGUGCUCAUGGGUUUCUUCAUUUUCAUGUACAUUUUGGACUGUGUUAUUUUUUCAGUCUUUGGCAUAUUGUGGAAAAAUGAUCCAGUUAGUCUUUGUGUCCGGAUACUUGUGG